AUGGCUUCGGCUGCGCACACGGCAACCACAACAGAAGGGAUUUCCGAGGGUAAUUCACCCGCGCGGAACGGACUCGUUCAAAUCUCCGGGCUGAAGGAGCUCGUUGAAACGGGGAAAUACGAGGCCUGGAUUCUGGACCAGUUUGGGGUGCUACACGACGGCAAGAAGGCAUAUCCCCAGGCGAUCGAAGCAUUGCGCCAGCUGGCAGCAUCUGGUGCCAAGGUGGUGCUUCUCAGCAACUCGUCUCGCAGGGUGGAGGUGGCUUCCAAGAAGCUUCCUUCUCUGGGCUUUGACCCGUCGCUCUUCUGUGGAAUCGUGACGAGUGGGGAGAUCAUACACCGACACUUGAUGGAUCGCUCCCUCGACCCUUUUUUCCAGACGCUCGGAUCAAAGUGCCUGCAAUUCACCUGGGCUGCCAGGGGAGCGGUUUCUCUGGAGGGGUUGGGUCUCCAAGUGGUAGAGUCACCAGAAGAAGCGGAUUUUAUCCUCGCGCACGGCACAGAGGCAGUGGGGGUCGCAGAAGCAGGAAAACCCGCCCGCCCGGCCUCACUGGAUGAGCUGGCGGGGCUGAUGAGACGGGCGGCGGAGGAGGGGCGGCGGAGAGGCAGGAUGAUCCCGAUGGUCGUGGCUAACCCUGAUAUAGUCACCGUGGAAGCCCGGGCUUUAAGGGUCAUGCCUGGGACUUUGGCUCGGCAAUACGAGCAGAUGGGUGGUGUGGUCAAGUGCAUGGGGAAACCAGACCCAAUUUCUUUUCGGGCAGCCCAGCAGCUGACCGGGAUCUCUCUCGACCGCACAAUCAUGGUCGGCGACUCGCUACACCACGACAUUCUAGGGGCGGAAUCUUUCGGCAUUGACUGCGUGUUUGUAGCAGGGGGGAUACAUGCGGAUCAACUAGGGGUGCCACCACCAGCACCAGCAGCAGCAGCAGCAGAGGAGGAGGAGGAGGAGGAGGAGGAGGAGGAGGAGGAGGAGGAGGAGGAGGAGGAGGAGGAGGAGGAGGAGGAGGAGGAGGAGGAACAGGGGAGAAGAGAGGGGAAUGAAGUGAUGAGGGGAAUGGGAGGGGAAAAUGUGGAGAGUAAAAUAGAGAGGGAGGCAGGGGGGGAAAUGAAUGAGGGGAAGUUGAGAGAGCUGCUAGAAGAAACGGGUGCUGAUCCUUCAUAUGUGCUGCCUUAUUUCCAGUGGUAA